GACCCCCAAACCGUAUCGCGACGAAUUUUCCAGAAUUCUCCAGCAAACACCAUCGUCCAUAUUUCUAUUAAAGCGAUCGCGCCUCGGGAACUCGUGAGAAGGUUGGAGACACGGACCAGGUUUGCUGGGAACUCCCUGUGUUCGGGUAUUCCCUCUCAAAUUGGCAGCUGUUGCGAAAGUAACAGCAACAUAUUGUUCCCAUGGUUCUCUACAGUUCAGCCCUGCAGCAAUCAUGAUGCUGGAUGCCCAACCUAUGCGAGCGAGCCUCCAAGUGGCUCCCCUCGCAAUCAACAAAGGCCGUUCUGACCAUGCGGCGCCAUGUGAAGAAGAAUCUGAGUCGACGACAUCUACACACCUAUAUACUACUCAAUCUCAGAUUACACCACCUUCAACUCCGAAUGAUUCUCAAGAAGAAUUAGUUACCCAGCCGACGCUGUCGCAUCCCAUCUUUCACAACUUUUUACGCGCCUUCUAUCCGUUCCACCCGGAAUACGCUGUUGCUGAUUCGACUGUUACCUUGCCGUUAAAUGAAGGAGAUGUGGUUUUGAUCCAUUCUAUCCAUACCAAUGGAUGGGCUGACGGAACUUUAUUGAUAUCAGGCGCAAGGGGAUGGUUACCGACAAAUUAUUGUGAAGCUUAUGACCCGGAUGAGAUGAGAAACCUGCUUACAGCUCUCCUGAAUUUCUGGGAUCUACUAAGAAGCACGGCAACAAAUGACCGGGACAUAUUUGGAAACCAGGAGUUCAUGAAAGGAAUUAUCGCAGGUGUGCGCUAUCUUCUGGAGCGCACUCAUUGUUUGACCCGUGAGUCAGCUACAAUUCAGAGAAGUGAAUCUUUACGGCGUGGUAGGAAAUCCCUGCUUGCUGAACUUUCAUCUUUGGUGAAAACGGCAAAGCGUCUACAAGAGACGUUGAGGAGCUUACCUCAAUUCACUGACGAUAUUAAUGAUAUAAUCGAUGAAAUGAUUUUGAGAGCGUUCAAAAUCAUUGUCAAGAGUGUGCGAUUCUUAGAUCUGAUCGAAGAGGACAGACGGUUACGUGCACCCGCGGUGACAGUAAUGGCAACUGUUGACGAGGAGCCACCCGUUCCACCAACGCCACCUUUAGAGUCGACGACAUUCGAGAAUGAGCAGGGAGAUGGCGAAACUGCAUCAUCCCGAGGAGACGCGGAAACAGUAUCCACUACAACGUUAGCACCACCUGUAACCGAUGGUGUACAAGCAGGUGAAUCGAUUAACAAACGUUCUUCGUAUAUUCACUCCAGUAACACAGCAGGAAACCGGUUGUCUCAAGUAAACCCGUUGCACGGAAAUCGAUUAUCGGCGAGUAUAUCACACAGAGUAUCUCUAGCUGGUCCUUCGCCAUUGUCACAGUCACAUAAGCUUGUCUCGGAGCGGCUUAACUCCUGCCAUGAUACCUUCCUAUCACAUCUAGGAUCUUUCAUUGGUCGAUUACACGUCCAAUCUCAAUCACGACCAGAGCUUGCACUCGCUAUUAAGCAUUCGGUUAUAUCUGGUGGUGAGCUUUUCGCCGUGGUCGAUGUGAUAUGCGAACACACCUCGUCAGUCUCGGAAACACUGGGUCAGUCGCGUGUAGCCAUGUACGAUCGUAUUAGAGAUCUGGUGUUCCUGGCGCGCGAGAUUCUGGGUAAUCGAGGGCCUGAGGGUGAGGACGUUAUAGUACUACAGGACAACAACCGACUUCUAUUUGCCGCUACUGGAUGUGUUAAGGCGGCAGGUGAAUGUGUCGCAAAAACUAAAUGGGUUUUGGAACGCAUAGGCGAUUUCGAGUUUGAGCCUGAGAAUGGAAACUUAGGCAUUGACCUCGGUGUAUUCGAAGCGGUAUCCGAUAGUCGACCGCGAACACCUGCCGAAUCGACUGUCUCCGAGUCCAGAAGGUCUGAACCAUCACCCAAACCCUCUCACUCCAUGCAUCUAUCCAUCGACAAACCUCUUCCCGAGGUUCCGGUCGAGUCCAUGCAUGAACGGCAAAAUUCCCAAGCAUCUCCAGCGCCGUCUAGACCCCAAUCGUUCAUCACAGAUGAUGCUGCAUCUAGCAUGGCCUCUUCUGUAUCUUCUCUUCGACCUUUACUUCCGGCUCUUCCAAAACUCACAACAUCCAUUUCACCGGAUGAACCAUAUAGCCCCAUGACCGAGAAUUCGCAUGAGGGCGAAUACCAAGUUUCCUUCCGCUCCGACACUGGCACAGCCUCUAGUUCUGGUAGUAACAGCACGUAUCUGAGCCGUGAUUCGGAGUCUAGUAUGGUUUCUGACACUUCAACACGCGCAACUUCGCCCGAUAUCUCACUCGCGCCAAAGGCCCAACCUUCGCUAUCAGACAUGAGCACAACAGGAAGUUCUAGUGUUAGUGAGGAAGUUGAUGAGCUCGAGUCAAAGUUGCUCGAGAAGACAUUCGCUCACGAAUUGUUGUUUAACAAAGAGGGGCAGGUCACAGGAGGCUCAUUGCCUGCUUUAGUUGAACGUUUGACGACCCACGAGGCAACACCAGACGCCAUGUUUGUGUCAGCCUUUUACCUCACAUUCCGAUUGUUUUGCACUCCUACUAAGCUAGUAGAAACUCUUAUUGAGCGCUUUGAUUAUGUGGGAGAGAACCCCAACACGGCAAGUCCCGUUAGAUUACGUGUCUAUAACGUCCUAAAAGGAUGGCUAGAGUCACACUGGCGUGAUUCUACCGACAGCGAGGCCCUUCCGCUCAUUCAGAACUUCGCCGAGUUUAAGCUUGGCUCAUUACUUCCUUCUGCAGGAAAGCGCAUUACGGAACUCACUCAGCGAGUCUCUUCGACGGAUGGUUCAUUGGUACCGCGUUUAGUAUCUUCUAUGGGAAAGACGGGCACUUCAAUCUCGCAAUAUGUCCCAGUCGAUACACCCAUGCCCAAUUCUAUCCUGAGCAAGAGUCAACAAGGCCUCCUCAACAAUUGGAAGUCAGGGGGUAGCUGCCCUUCAUUCCUCGACUUUGAGCCUCUCGAGAUCGCCCGCCAAUUGACUCUGAAACAAAUGAGCAUAUUCUGUUCGAUCUUGCCCGAAGAGCUUCUAGGUUCUCAAUGGAUGAAAAAGGAUGGCGCAGCUCUUUCACCCAAUGUAAAGGCGAUGUCCGGCUUUUCCAAUGACUUAUCCAACCUCGUAGCGGAUACCAUUCUCCAGUAUCCGGAGGUCAAGAAGCGCGCUGUGGUGAUCAAGCAAUGGAUUAAAAUUGCCCACCAAUGUCUUGAGCUUAACAACUAUGAUGGUCUUAUGGCUAUCGUAUGUAGCCUGAACAAUUCGAUAAUUAGCCGUUUACGAAAGACGUGGGAUCUCGUGAGCCCGAAGCGACGUGAGAUGUUGAAAUCUCUACAAGCUGUCGUUGAGCCUGCCAACAACAACAAAGUGCUCCGAGCCCGUCUUCAGGGUCAUGUGCCUCCAUGCCUGCCAUUCCUCGGCAUGUUCCUGACUGAUCUAACAUUCGUUGAUAUUGGCAACCCUGUUACGAAGCAGUUACCGGGUGCCGGCCCAGAUGACAACGGCUUGACAGUUAUCAAUUUUGAUAAGCAUACGCGAACUGCCAAGAUCAUUGGUGAACUGCAGCGGUUCCAAAUUCCCUAUAGAUUCACCGAGAUACCAGACAUGCAAGAAUGGAUCCAAGCGCAAGUUACGCGAGUAAAAGAGUCUGACCAGGGCAACAACGUUCAAGUCAGCUAUUACCGGAAGAGUUUACUACUUGAGCCCCGAGAGAAUCUUCUUAGGACUCCGACGGAUGGCCCCGCCUCCACACCGGCCGGUCAGAAGGCCGACCUAUUUGGUUGGAUCUCCCGAGACCGCCAUCAUAAUCACACAACCGUUUCUACGUAACGGCAUGUAUUUGGACUUGUAGUUACCUCGUAACGAGUACUACAACUACCAACCGCUUCGCCCGCCUUUACGCACCUUCCUACCAAUUCUCUUUUUCCUUUACCCUUAUUGAUACCCCCAUCGUUUAUUGUUUGUUACGAAGCAUUUGGCAUCUCAUGGACACCCGGUCCAUCGGUUUUACUCAU